AUGGAGGAACACGAAGAUGCUCAAUAUUGUUUUCCAGAACAUAACUCUUCUUGCAGAAAGGUUUUGCUAUCAACAUCUAUUUACAUAACACUGUACAUCUUCUCCUCAUUGAUUUCAGCGGUUACAAUAUUUUUGAACAUGCUGGUGAUCAUCUCCAUCUCUCACUUCAAGCAGCUCCACACUCCAACCAACCUGCUCAUCCUCUCUCUGGCUGUGACAGAUUUCCUGGUGGGAUUGAUUGUGAUGCCAGCAGUGACUGUAGCAGUAAUGGAAUCAUGCUGGGUUUUGUGGAAAUAUUACUGUGAGUUUUUUCUCUACAUAGGUUAUUUAAUUGUUUAUUUAUCACUGGGCAAUUUGGUCUUGAUAUCUAUUGACCGUUAUGUUGCUGUGUGUGAUCCCUUGUUGUACCACUCUAAAAUAACAAUACCAAGAAUUAUGCGUUCUAUAUCCAUUACCUGGUGUUGUUGUAUCAUAUACAAUGUUGUUUUUGUAAAUAACUCUGUAAAUGCACAGGUACCCAAAAGGUGUUUUGAAGAAUGUUAUUUUGUUGUAGGAUUUAACUGGGGUAGAAUCAUUGACUUUGUAAUUACAAUGGUUGUCCCGUGCUUUAUUAUUAUAACACUUUAUUUGAAAAUAUUUGUGGUUGCCAGAUCACAGGCCAGAAAGUUUUUUUUUCUCCAAUCAUCAGCUUACUUAAUUUUACUGCCAUUUGCUAAUUCCUUUAUUAAUCCAAUAAUUUAUGCUUUCUUUUAUCCAUGGUUCAAAGUAACAGCUAAACAUAUUUUAACUUUAAAGUUAAGGCGUUCAUAG